GUAAAACUGUUAAAAUAAACCAGUUGUUAACACAUUCACCGCCAAACAUGAAAAUCAUUUUUUUCCAUUGUUUUAUGAAUAAAUGUGUUGUGCUUAGAAAAGAUCCCUUUUCAUCCAUGAUUAUAAUAUGUAGGGUAGGCUAAAAAUGUAGGCUGAAUAAUAAAGCAUAGUACUGAAAAACAAAGCUAAAUAUUUGGAGUUGACAUUCUUUUACUGAUCCGGCCCACCUGAGAACAGAAAGUCUGGAUCCGGCCCCAGAGCCAAACUGAGUUUGACAUGCCUGAUCUAUAGUAUGAAAUUCUGAAAUGAAAAAUAAAUAUACAUACUAGGUUGUCUUCCGAAUGGUACUAUACUUCUCCAUGUAGGUCUUUGCUCCUUGUGCCUUUUGGCCCCCGAUAACAGCCUCUUGCGGCUAUAUUUUGUUUAGUUUUCAUUUUUAUCUUUUAUCUUAUAUUUUGUUUUUGUACAAUAGGAUGUUAAUCCUGUUUAAGGAGAGCUUGCUGAGGAACUCAUAAAUAAUUUCUUUGGCAGUGAAUCAGUUUUGAGCAGGUACCAGGUAUUUAGGUGAGAUUGACACAGGCGUGUACAUGCAUGUGGGUGUUUGUGAGGAAACUGUGUGUGUGUUAAGUCUUGCAUUAAGUUUCAUAAUCAGCCACAAGCUUUGCUCCUUUUUGCACUGAAUCCGGCCGGCUUCCUGAGUAAAAUGGAUUCUCCUGUGGCUCAUCUGGUGGACAGGCGGUUAGAACGUGAGAAGGAUACAGCAGCUAGACGAGAUAAAAUCACAUAUAAAAACUGCCAAGGAUCCAGAGAAGCUGUUCGGAAACGAACCUUCACACAGUGGAUUAACACUCAUCUAAAGAAAUUUGACCCUUCCAUGCAGGUGGAUGAUUUGUACACAGAUGUUCAAGAUGGGAAGAUUUUAAUGGCAUUACUGGAGGAGCUCUCAGGCUGUAAAAUGCUCCACAGGUUCAGACCAUCUACCCAUCGUAUUUUCACCAUCAGCAACAUCGCCAAGGUCCUGGAGUUCCUUGAGGACAGGAAUGCGAGAGUCAUGAGCAUGGAGGCUGCAGACGUCGCUGAUGGAAAACCUUCAGUUAUACUUGCACUUAUCUGGACUAUCAUAGUUUACUUUCAGCUAAAGGAAGUCACAGGAAGUCUGGGGAGGCGCUUUUCCUCCAGUGUGUCCAGUCUGGUGUCUCUGGCGGACAGCAGUGACUCGGCCCGCAGCUCUCCUGUGCCCUCUAGUGAUGAGCACUGCAGCACUCUUCCUUCCAAGAGGAAAAGAGAAUCCCGCCAACCCAAAUACUACCGCAGCAGAGCCAUCAGCACACUGCUGAACUGGACUCAGACCUGCACCGCACCGUAUGGUGUGGAGGUACAGGACUUUGGUAAAAGCUGGAGGAAUGGAUUAGCAUUUCUGGCGUUGGUAAAAUGUGCCAGACCUGAGUCGGUGGACAUGACAGCAGCUCUGACCUCAACCCCCAGAGAGAACCUCACACAGGCCUUCAGAGCAGCUCAGCACUGCCUGGGGAUCCCUCCACUGCUGGACCCAGAGGAUGUAAUGGUGCGCUCUCCGGAUGAGCAGUCAGUCAUCACGUAUGUGUCACAGUUUCUCCAGCGCUUCCCACAGAUCAGAGAUGAUGACACAUUGAUGUUUCCAGGAGACAAAUUUAGCCCUAUUACAGAUUAUUCUGACUCUGAACUAUCCAGCACUUCGCUGGGGUUUGAGGACUUCUCUGAUUUCACACAGAAGGAGCCAAAUCAGGAGCCUGGUUCUUACUGCUGCUUGAGUUCAACUGCAGAAGAAGAAGAAUUCAGCCAAUCAAAUGGACAGUACCUUCAUAGUUCCAUUGAGAGGCACUGUUGGAGUUCUUUGCCACAGAAAAAGAUCCUGGAGACGUAUGGAGGCUUAGCUCAUGGUUCAGAGGAAGGCAUACACAUUCUGCCUGCGUUGGACUCAGAGGAAGAGGAUGCGUACAGCUACAUCCUGGAGCUGGACGAUGAAGAAUUAAGCCCUUCUAAUGAGCUUGAAAAAUGCAGUGCACCAAUCAAUGCUCAAAAGUCCCAUCAUGAUUUAUUAGGUGAUUUGCAACACAAUAAUGGAGAAAGGCAUCAUAUAUGUCCAUCAUCGGAGAUACAGAAGCCAAGUCUCCAACUGUCAUCAGAAUCCUCCAGAGAAACACAUGAAGAACACAUUUCAGAAGGUGAUGUCUCUCUUAAGACCAACAAAACUGAUGUUCACCACAGGCAGGGUGAAUUAGCUAUAGUGACACCUACAGGUCCAGAUCUGUGCACCCAGAAAGAUCAUCUAAAUCUCAAACACACUCACAAUAUCACAAACAUUCACAAUCACAUCACUGCUGAGCCUUCUGUCUCAGAGAGCCACAGAACUUUGAUUAGAAGUGAUUCUCCCUCAAAAGAUGAAGGCCUUCACACUCUGAUCUUUAGUAACACGGACAAUCAGUCACUGUCUAUGAUGAGUUUAACAGAGAGUUCCCUUAUACAUGAAGAUGAGCUUAAUGAAGUUAAAGAGCCUGUAAAGAACAGUCUAUCAGAUGAUUCUCCCCAAUCAAGAAAUUUUACACAUCAGACUAAUCUCAGCUUAUCACAUGAGGAGCCAAGCGAGACGCCCUCAACUUUAGAAUCAUCAAAGGAUUUGAGUGUGACUGUACUUGGUGAUGCCAUGAACUCUGACUUACUGCACACAGUCCUUCUGCUGUGGAUUCUCACCUACUGUAUCUUCAUGCUGCCUCAGAUAGAGACCUGGACACUUUUUUGAAGCUAAAACUGCUUCCAGGAAAAGAAGAUGUGCGCAAAAUGGUAAAAACAUAGUGCUUAAGGAAUACACACUCUGCCUUCAGUAUCAACUUCUGGCUGCAGUGUCCUGUACAGCCUUUCAUUCAUUUUGAGAUCCAUCAUGGAACCUACUAAUAAUAACACAUAUAGAAAUGCCUUAUUUACAUUUCUGUCUGUGCACAAGUACACAGUGGAGUGAAAUCACAUUCCUCUUAGACCAUGGUGCAACAUGGAACCAUCAACAAACAGCUCAUUAAUGUGUUCAUAUUUAUUUUGAAAAUAUAUAUAUUAAAAUAUUGUAACAGACAUAUUUCCAUAGCAAUAUGCUGUAUGUGUUUUGGUCACUCUCCAUGUUUUAUUUAUACCUCAUUAAUUAAACAGAUUUAGACAA